AUGUACGUGUCGGGUCAGUUUGUGUUGUCGGAUGCAAUUCCGUUUUUGCCCCUGAGGUGGGUGGAUUUCGGGGGACACGUCAAGGCAAUGAGGAGGAUUUCGGAGGAGUUGGAUGUUGUCACGGGAAGGUGGGUCGACGAGCAUUUGGAGAAGGGGGGAAAGAGCGAUGACGAGCGGGAUUUUAUUGAUGUGAUGCUUUCGGAGAUUGAUGAUAGGCUCUUGAAUUACGGGCAUGCUAAGGAAACGAUUAUUAAGACGACUAUACAGAUUUAUCUGUGCCCAAAUUAUCAGAGCUUUCCUAAAAAAUAUUUGUUCUCGAUGAAUAAUUACAAGAAACAGAAGCACCAAAAUGGCUCAGACACCACAUCAAUCCACCUGACAUGGAUUCUCUCCCUACUACUAAACCACCCCAGUGUCAUGCAACGGGCUCGACACGAAAUCGACACGAAAAUCGGCAAAAACCGAUGGGUCCAAGAAUCGGACAUUCACAACCUACCCUAUCUCCAAGCCGUAAUCAAAGAAUCCCUACGACUCUACCCACCAGGCCCCAUAUCCGCCGGGCCCGAAGAGUUUCUUCCCGAGCGCUUUUUGGCGGGCCACGCGGGAGUUGACUUCAAUGGUCAAUUCUACGAGUUUAUACCAUUUGGGUCGGGAAGGAGGUCGUGCCCAGGUGCCAUGCAGGUGGCCCACUUGGUGCUGGCUCGUUUCAUACAAGGGUUUGAGAUUAAAACGGGAUUAGACGAGCCGGUGGAUAUGAGUGAGGGGACGGGUAUUACCUUGUCUAAGGCGACUCCAUUGGAAAUGGUUAUUACACCACGCUUGUCUAAUGAGCUGUACUAUAGCUAG